AUGGCACCUUACGAGAUGCUAUACGGUAGAAAAUAUAGAACCCCGGUGUGUUGGGGUGAAGUGGGACCGCGUGAAUUGGCACAUACAGACAUAAUUCAGGCCACUAACGAGAAAAUCGAAGUGGUGCGAGCUCAUUUGAAAGCAUCCCAAGAUAGACAGAAGUCAUAUGCCAACAAAAGACGAAGACCGAUUGAAUUUCGGAUAGGUGAUAUGGUUAUGCUGAAAGUUUUCCCAUGGAAGGGCGUUAUCAGAUUCAGAAAAAGAGGGAAACUAAGCCUGAGGUUUAUUGGGCCAUUUAAAAUCAUCGAACGGGUUGGCAAAGUGGCUUAUCGCCUCGAACUACAGGAUGAGUUGAGUGGGAUACAUGGCACAUUCCAUGUGUCGCAACUAUGGAAGUGUCUAACGGAAGAAACAUCUUACAUCCAUUACAAUGAUAUCGAGGUGGAUGAUGGCCUGAAUUACGCGGUAAGGCCAUUGGAUAUUUUAGAUCAAAAGGUUAAGCAAUUGCGAAACAAACAAAUCGAUCAAGUCAAGGUCAAGUGGGAGCAUAAGAAAGGUUCGGACACUACGUGGGAGUCCGAAGAAGAGAUGCGACGUCUUUACCCUACAUUGUUUGGUGACAAUGGGGAUCUUUCAGAUGGCGGUCAAGCAAGUUUUUGA